GUGUCGACUGUCGACCUGACGAACACAUCAAAUUCAAUAUCAAAUAAUAUUUCGUAAUUUGCGCGGUGUGCCUGACGAAGGCAGAGUUUUGACAAACUGAAACGCUCAUUUGGUGUCUAAUGUCUAUGCUUAUAAAUAAGAAAUAAAUUCCACAUUCAUCUUCGUACUUGCUCUGUAUCCAUCCCGUUUGACAGUUCGCGUCCUACCUAGCGUUAUCGUGUAUUUGUACAAACAUUGGAUUUAAUCUACGAAAUUGAAUUAAACAAGAAUUAUAAUAACAUUAAUAUUGCUUUAGUAUAGUUUGAGUUUAUUUAUAUUUUUUCUUCAACAGUUGAUUAUUGAACAAAAUGAAAUAAAAUUGGAGUUUACUCUGCAAAUCCCUUGCGAACGAACAGGUGUUUUUGAUAGAAGUGUGUGUUGGUUCCCAUCGUGAUUAUUUAUUUAUAGUAUUGUGAAUAUGUAACAAUGGUGUAUCGAUCCAGUUAUCAAUAAAUGUUUUGGAGCUAGCGAUGAUAAUGAGUACCAUGUUCCAUUAGAGGGAUCAAGAAGUAAUAAUUUGUUGUGGAUGCUACCGGUCGUUUGUAUUUUGGAUGUUAUGUAUGUGCAUAGCGCAUUAGCACUGAUUGGGUCAGUAUUCAAAUGAUACAGAGAAUGGUUUCUGAAGAGGACCACAAUGAAGUCUGGUAAACUGAGGUGAGAGUAAAUCGUGGCUACUAUGCCACAUCAGUAUGGCGCUGGCGCCGGUGGCAUGGGCGGGGGCCCUCCGUCGCCGCCGCCGCAGCACGGCGCGCUAUACCCGCGCUAUGCGGCCGCCGCGGGCCCCGGCGCCGGAGCGUACCGCCCUGAGGAGAGACGGCUCACAAGGGAAGCCAUGGAACGGUACCUGAGAGACCGUUCUGACAUGGUUGUGGUCAUAUUACAUGCUAAAGUUGCUCAAAAAUCUUAUGGAAAUGAAAAGAGGUUCUUUUGUCCACCUCCAUGUAUAUAUCUAUUUGGUGAUGGCUGGAGACUGAGGAGGGAGCGCAUGCUUAGGGAGGGUGAGACAGAACAAGCCUCACAGCUGUGUGCCUUUAUUGGUAUAGGUAAUUCCGAUCAGGAUAUGCAACAGUUAGAUCUAAAUAAUGGAAAACAAUAUUGUGCAGCAAAGACAUUGUAUAUAUCAGAUUCAGAUAAGAGAAAACACUUUAUGUUGUCAGUUAAGAUGUUUUAUGGGAAUGGACAUGAUAUUGGUAUUUUUAAUAGUAAAAGAAUAAAAGUCAUAUCUAAACCGUCUAAGAAGAAACAGUCAUUGAAAAAUGCUGAUUUGUGUAUAGCAAGUGGAACAAAAGUGGCACUCUUUAAUAGACUGAGAUCACAAACAGUGUCAACAAGGUAUCUCCAUGUUGAGAAUGGCAAUUUUCACGCAUCAUCUACACAGUGGGGUGCCUUUACAAUACACCUACUGGAUGAUAAUGAGAGUGAAUCUGAAGAGUUUGCAGUGAGAGAUGGAUAUGUUCACUAUGGAUCUACAGUGAAGUUAGUUUGCUCUGUGACUGGAAUGGCUUUACCUAGGCUUAUUAUUAGAAAGGUGGACAAACAAAUGGCACUUCUAGAGGCUGAUGAUCCCGUGUCUCAGCUGCAUAAGUGUGCUUUCUAUAUGAAGGACACAGAACGGAUGUACCUCUGUUUGUCACAAGAGAGGAUCAUACAGUUCCAAGCCACACCUUGCCCUAAGGAACCGAAUAAGGAAAUGAUUAAUGACGGAGCCUGCUGGACCAUUAUAUCAACUGAUAAGGCUGAAUACCAAUUUUAUGAAGGCAUGGGUCCUGUGAGGUCACCAGUUACCCCGGUGCCCCUGGUGCAUUCGCUGAACCUGAACGGCGGAGGUGACGUGGCGAUGUUGGAGCUGGCGGGAGACAACUUCACGCCGUCGCUCCAGGUGUGGUUCGGUGACGUGGAGGCGGAGACCAUGUACAGAUGUGCGGAGUCCAUGCUGUGUGUGGUGCCCGACAUAUCGCAGUUCAGAGGACAGUGGCUGUGGGUGCGACAACCAACGCAGGUCCCGGUAUCGUUGGUACGAAACGACGGUAUCAUAUACGCGACGGGGCUAACGUUCACAUACACGCCCGAACCAGGGCCCAGGCCCCUCUGUCCGCCAGUCGAUGACGUCAUGCGACCAGAACAGUCCUGGCACCACGACAACAGACUGCCAGACAACAGUCUGCAAUAGCCAACAGACUGCAGGCUGGAGACAGACCUGCAGUGAUUGUGUUCCAAAGAUGUUGGUGAGUUAUGUAUCCGUAGUGCCUAAUGUAUUUAAAUAGUGACUAUAGUAUUAAAUUGUGUAGUGUGAACGGAUAUUAUAUAUAAUUGCCGUGUGCUAUUUUUUUGUAUUAUUCACAGUGAGAAGAACUGGAUUUCUUUGGGAAAUCUUACUACGUUAGUUAAUCUCAGUCAAUAUUAUAAAACUGAUGUAUGCCUUUUAUAUUUACAAAAAUUUUAUCCUAUAUGUUACUUUGUCUGUUCUGUGUUCCUUGGAGUCGUACGGUAUUUUUCUUUACUGACCUUAGGGCAUAGACAAUAUACCUAUUGGCUGGUUAAACA